AGACGGGAACCGGUCCUUACGGAUGCCAGCCAAUGAAACAGAACUAUUCUGUUCCGCUCUCUGAUUGGACGAUUUUCAUAAAACGACGGGAGAAGCAUCCUAUCCAAUUACAGGACUCGAAACACGCUCUUGCGGGACUGGUGCGGCGGUGAAUUUGAACUGGGGGGCGGACGUGGGAGGUCCUUUUCUGUCUCUUUCGGAGUGAUUGGAAGCACCCAAUGCCUGUUCUCAGGCGGGGGUGCACAGAGCGGAUCAAGAAGACAUACGAGAUGGGGGGAGCAAGAAGAUGAAGGUGGGGGAGUGAGAGAGGAAACGGGCGCUGCCCCCAUGAACCCCCGAGGAAGAGGAAAAGACGGCGACAGCAGCAUCAACAUGGACCGGCGCUUCAGGCACAGCAGCCUCCGCUUCGCCUCUGCCAUGAGCAGCAUUGUAGAAAAGUACAACUUUCCCUUUGAUGAUGAUGAUAUGGUCUCCAUCAAAUCAUUGACUUAUGAUACACCUGAAGGACCAAAAGUUUGGGGAGAAGAGCCAAGUGCUGAAAUCAUAGAUAGACCUUAUCAGAAUAAUGUACAAUGUCAGGAAAACAAAGAAAUGGAGAGGCAGAAGACCUCUGACUUUGACAGUGAAGACUAUGAAGAUUAUCAGUCAUCUGAGGAAGAACAGUUCAUGAACUCGUGUGGAGAGAGUCAACUUGAUACAGAUCACAGAAGCAAUGCUGAGUUGAUCUCUAUUAAAAGACAUUUGGAAAAUAUACAUAUCAAGGAACAUAUUCCUCUUGUAUGCUGUUCUGGAACACUUGCAAAGAAAAAAUACAAAGUUGAAAUGGAUGUGCUGUUGGAGGAUGGUGCGAACCUAGUUCCAAAACUGAUUACGGUUACAAGACCAAAAGCAAAUAAUGUUUAUCAGUUUCCUUUGCAAGAGCUGGAAGAUGAAUCCUUAAUUGGUCACCGUGAUAUGUUCCUGAAGAAACAAGCACAAUCUACAAAUGGAAAUCCUGCAUCACUAUCUCCACAGCUGUCUAACUCAGCUGCUCCAGGUUCUACCAAUGAGGCAACUGUGUCUGAAAACCAUUCCGUUGGGGGUGAUAAUGAAACUGUUUACAGUAGCUUUUUGGAAAUGUAUGAAUCUGCAGAUGAGCAUUGUUCUUGGAAUAAUGUCACAAUAGCAGACUUGUAUCCAGGAAUGGUGAAGGCACUAAGCAGACUGUUGCAUAAAGUAUCCCGCAAAACUUCUUCCAAUUCAUUAAAUAAACGGUAUAGAUAUGGACACUGCCACCCCAAGAAAACAAAGCUUAAUACCAGUACAGACAGAGUAAAGAAGUCCAUACCAUUGAAACUGAAGUCUAACUUGAUGAUGACAGAAGAUGAUUUGAAAAGAGAUAAAUUGUCCAUGGGAAAUAAUAGACGAACUAGUCCUUUUUAUGAUGGCAAGCAUCAAAUGCAGUGUUCAGUGAACAACAUAUCUAGAGCAGUAUCUUCCAUACACUGUAAUGCAGAUAGAAUGGAAAUGGACUCUGGCAUCUUAGAUGAUCACUCAUACACUGAGAGAGUCAGACUAAAUGACACGGAAACUACCAUUUUUUCUAGAGCUCUUUCUACAGAAGAAACAUUUCUGGACGGAAGUCCAUCUUGCAUACCUUCGUCUUCAGACUUUGGAAGAAAGGGUCAAACAUUUGAACAGUACUCUCCUACAAUUUGCACUGUAGAUACAGGAGCAACAUUUAAUCUAGCAGCAGAUGAUAAAACUGGGGAGAUGAGCACUAUGACAUUCAAGGCCACAUCAUGCUUAAGCUUGUCUUUGAAUGGUGGCACAAGCUCUUAUUUGCACAGUAAUACAUCUUCUCCAGUAAAAAUGUCAAACAUGUUACUUGGAAAUCAUGAAAUUAAAAGGUUCAAUAAAGCCAUUUCACUACAGCGGAGUCACUCAUUUUCAUCACUUCCUGUUAAUUGCGGUUCCAUCAAAACUCACCAGACAUGUGAAGAUGCAUUUGAAAAAAUGUAUAAGGAGCUGUGUUGUCCAAAGUUGCAAAAACCAUAUAAGUUUUCAACCAUAUGUACAAGUCCUAGGAAGUCUUCAGAAUUGUGCAAGUCUGGUUUUAAUAGUCUUUCUUCAAACUUUCAUCAAAAUAUGAUUGAGAAUAUAUAUCAGAAAUUAUGUUCUGAAGGGUUGCCAAAGAUUCCUACAUUUCUGAGAGCUGCAAGCUUAAAAAAAUAUGAAGGAAUACAGAUGUCUGACACAGUAAAUGCCCUAGUUAAUUCUCCUAUUAGAACUCUACCUGCAGUUGCCAGAAUUAAAAGAGCAGCAAAUUUCUGUAAUGAAGAUUCUCAAUCUUCACCAUUUAAAAGAUUAAAAAAUAUAUCUGAGAACUCUUAUAGAAUAAGUCAGAAGCUGCCGCCUUGGAAAAACGAUCUGCGGAAAACAGACAUGACUUUCACAUUGCAUACUCCAACUGCAAACAAUUGGACCUCAAACAUGGAUUCUAGAUUUUGUGUUUCUUCAAAUCACAGCUAUCUGGCUGUUCCAAGCACUUGUAUAAAAGAAUCCAGGAUUACAGAUGCAGAUGUAAGCAUUCCUAAGUUUGUGCAAAAUAAUGAUUCUCCAAGAAAAUCACAAAACUGGACAUCAGGGGUUUCCAGGAAGCUUAGCUAUCACAAUGAGCCAAUCACAAGUGAAAAUGCUUAUGUGGAAGAACUCCUAUGUAAAGAUUAUGAAAGUUCAUUUCUGGAAGGCUGCAGAGAGGAAAUUCAUGAUUUUUAAGGGGAAAGCUAUUUGAUUUGAUCCAAAAAUGCCCUUUCAUUCAUGAAAGGAACUUGGAUCUAGUGAAGGGAAGGCAAUUCCCCUUUCCCUGUACAGUCCACUAGUGCCACCACCUACAUGAUUCCAGAUAUUCCCCCAACCCUCUGAAGCAACUUCAGAAGGUUGCAGGAAGCUCCAGAGGGAAGGGGAGCCAAGAGCACUCUAUUCUGUGAGUGAUACUCUUCUCAUGUGACUCUGAAUCAAACCCAUUGUAGUUAUGCAUUGCCAUAUGAGAACUACAUAUCCUUCAAGGAAUUGAAGAAGGACUCUGUCUCUAGAAUCUCGUUAAUCCUGAAUUUAGCAUCUAGGGAUCAAACUUCUUGAAGGCUUAUCAUACUUAUAGGAGCAAAUGUUCUUUUUGCGGUGAUCAAGCUUGUUUUCUCUGUGUGUGCAUGUAUAAUUUCCUCUAUUUCUAAUGUAUUUUGCUUGACUAAUCAAGAUCUGCUCUUAAUGCAUAAAUAAUGUUUUAACAGGCUAUUUAAUGCAUUUAAAGUACUAUUCAGAGAGCUUCUGCUUUAAGGAAGAGCAGAGCAUUAUUCCACUGUUAAAAAUACUAAAUUUGGGAAGAUCUAUAUUGUAAUACAGUGUUUCAAAUUUGGUUUUAAUGUUUUAAAUGUGUAUAUCUAGUGCUUCUGUAUCUUAUAUGCUUAAUAAAUCUUUAUAUAUGGC